GUAGAACUUCUGCGCCGGAAGUGGGGACAUAAGUGGCUUUUCAUAAGAGUAGCUUUGAGGCUUGGACGGUACAUGCAUCCUGCCUUCUCCUCACUUCGAUUCUGGACUCUGCUAUUACCUGGCUGUGCAUUUCUUUUCUAUAUGACCCCUCUUCUGUUGAGGACUGUGGGAAUACGAGCUUUCACCAUGGCAUCUGACAGUUAUGUAUCAGGUUCUCUUUCUGCAGCCUAUGUUACCUGUCCUAAUGAUACAGUGGCCAAAGACAUUGCCCGGGGUCUUGUGGAGCGAAAGUUAGCAGCCUGUGUAAAUGUUAUACCCCAAAUCACCUCCAUAUACGAAUGGAAGGGGAAGUUAGAAGAAGAUACCGAAGUACUUCUGAUGAUUAAGACCAGAUCUUCCAAAGUUUCAGCACUGACAGAAUAUGUUAGGUCUGUUCAUCCUUAUGAAGUCUGUGAGGUCAUCAGCCUUCCCAUAGAGCAGGGGAACCCUCCAUACCUGAAAUGGGUUGGGGAUAUUGUACCAGAGUAAUAUGUUCUUCCCCUCUCAUUAUUUUCUGAUGCCAGAAAUUACAUUGUUUUACAGUGUCUUCCUUCUAUUGUCCUUUUUUUUAUCUCCCUGCAUUCUCCCAAACCUUAGAUUACUUUGAAAAUGUUAAUCUUUACAUAUUCUUGUCGCAUAAAGUGAAUUUACAUGCUUGGGAUUAUUAGGUUAUUAGGCACAAGUAUGUAAUAAUGUGUUAUUUAGGGUUGGGGUGCACAGUAUAUUAUGAUGUCUAACAAAGUACAGGAAAGUCUGUGGGUUAUUUUCAGCGGAAGCAACUUUGUUGAGUAGUAAAGAGCUAUAUCUACACCCCACUCUCUUGCCUUCCUAGGUUUCAUUUGUCUAAACGAAGGCAGAACAAUAAGAUUAUGACUUCAUCACAUCAAGGGUCUGACAGGAAGUAACAAACAUAGUAGCGCACAACCCCACUGGGUGCUUUCAUGAAUUUGGAAGAGCAGUUUGGUUUUAAGAAUUGGUGGACAGACCGUUCUUUAAAUAAACAAACGUUAAUGUAUUUAGGGCUUAGCUAAAGCAGUUGGUGGGUAAGAGAGAAAAAGAAAAGAAUAGUAUUACCCUCAGCCAGGUGAACUUGAAUAUAAUAAACAGGGAACAAAGAAAUGUUCUGUGUUUACCAAAGUAGAAGCGGGGUCCAGUAACAUGGCCCUGCAUCAAAAGUCAUGGAAGCGUAAAAACAAUUAAAAAAUGGGAAAACAAAAUAAAAUGUUAAAAACUCA